AUGAAACUGCCCUCAGAGUUCGACGUCGACGUGAAGGUCAUGCUCUUCGAGGAGAAAUGCGCGCCCAGGUGGGAGGAGUGGCUCGAAAGCGGCUGUCUCAUCAUCCAGUUCAAAGACACCAAGGAGAGCAACGAAUCGGAGGCACUGGACCAAAUAUGGGAGUACCUGCUGUUCGGCCUGGUGGGAAACCAGCUGGACAGGGAUAUCAUCGGGAUCUGUCUCAGCAAGCACGAGAAGCAGACCCUGGUGGAGGUGUGGCUGAGGAGGAAGGACAAGCGGGUGCUCAUCGGCAAGCGGAUCGAGGAGCUGAUCGAGAGGGAUUUGCACUUCGUGUGCACCAAGCUGAAGAAGCCGAUUCGGGUGGUAUACAAGGAUCACAAGGUGAGCAUGGAGGUAUUUAUUUGCGUAUGUAGAACAACUCCACCAUGA